AGCUGCGAAACGGGAAUGAUAUCUUGCAGGAUUGCUGAGGAUUUCGUGAGAACGGAUUUAUAAACUGUGAAGCCUAGUCCCAGAGUGAAGGGUGGCAGUGGUAGUGGUAGAAAGAGCUGUAAGUAUAUGUGGCACUUUGUAAACAUGUCAAAGACAAUGAUGUACCUACAAUGGUCUUACUCAUUUAUUUCUUUAACUCUUUAUUUUGAGGUAGUUUCACAUGUAUGGAACAGUUGCAAAAAUAGUAUAAAGAAUUCCCAUUCCCUCUUUCCCCAGCACCCCCAGUGUUAACAUCUUGUAUAACCAUAGUACAAUUAUCAAAACUAAGGAAUCAACAUUGAUACAAUAUAAUUAACUAAACUACAGACUUUAUUUAGAAUUCCCCAGUUUUCCCACUGUUGUCCGUUUUCUAUUCCAGGAUCCACUCAUCCCACAUUGCAUGUAGUUGUCAUUCUCCUUAGCUUCCUCCGGUUGGUGACAGUUACUCAGUCUCUUAUUGUCGUUCAUAACCUUGACACUUUUAUAGAAUGUCCCUCAAUUUGAGUUUGUCUAUUGUUUGUCUGGAAGAAAACAUCAGAAUAUCACUUUAUAAGAGAACAGAAUUGCAAAUUGAGACAUGCAGUCUGUGCUUUCAGAAUUCAGACCAAUCCAGCUGCCAAACCCAAAAAUGAGACCAUCAUGAAUAUUAUGUGUGCAUAUAGUAUGUGUGUUUGUGACUGUACCCCACACAUACAACCACUUCCUGAUUCUACAUUUAUUUGGUACAUUUGUGUCUCAGCAGUUAAUGGGGAAAGGUAGUGAAAUACGAGGCAACCCAGUAUAUGCAAAAUGUCUGGAUGCCUGAAGAGGCUAUCUACACAGCAGUUAAAGAGAAAUGACAGCAAGGAUUUUAAAAGUCACUUUCUGAAGUUUCUAGUGAUGCCAACACAAUGGCCUCUAACAGAUCGUCAUGUCCAUAUCAAUGUUAACCAGUGGUUCUCAACUCAGGGCUAUUUUGACCCCCAAGGGCCAUUUGCCAUACCUGGAGACGUAUUUGAUUGUCACAACUCAGGGAGGAGGGGGCUACUACUGGCAUCUAGUGCAGGAUUGCAACUGGCAUUUAAUGGGUAGAGGCCAGGGACACUGCUCAAUAUCCUGCAAACCUGCAGGACAACCCCCACGACAAAAAAAAUAUCUGGCCCAAAAUGUCAAUAGUGCUGAGGCUGAAAAACUCUGCUCUAGAAAUUUAAAAAGGAGAAUAUAAUGAAAUAUAUUUCUAUAUUUGCAGUGGAUUUAUUUAGGAGAGAAAUGUGUAAAUAUAAAAGUAACUGUAAAAUGCAUAUCUGGCCAUCUCUGAAGAAUGUUGCCCCAAAAAUGUUUUCACUCACUACCUAUAAUGGUUAAUUUUAAUGUGUCAACUUGACUGGGCUCAGGGUACCCAGAUUGCUGGUCAAAUACUGUUCUGGGUGUUUCUGUGAGGGUACUUUUGGAUGAAAUUAACAUUUAAAUUGGUAGAUUCGAGUAAAGCAGAUUGCCCUCCAUAAUGUAGGUGGGCCUCAUCUGGUCAGUUGAAAGCCUGGAUAGAAUAAAAGGCUGCCCCUCCCCCAAGUAGGAAAGAAUUCCUCCUUCCAACUGAAACAUCAGCUCUUCCUACCUGACAACCUUCAAACCGUGACUUCAACUCUUCCUGUUUCUACAGCAGCUUUUGGCCUUCGAACUCAAACUAAAACAUCAACUCUGCAGAUUUUGGAUUUGCCAGCCUCCUCCAUAGUCACGGCCAAAAUGAAGAGGGGAUCCCACGAUUGCCAGUCCAGAUUGCCAGACAAUACUGCUUUGAAGCAGCAGCAAUUGCCUGCCUACCGGCUACAGCUCACAGCCACCAAAAUCCUCUCUGGAUUUUUUAUCACAGGAGUGUUCUGCCUUGGUGCGGGUGUCAUCCUUCUCUUGUCUGCAAAGAACAUCAAGGAAGUAGAGAUUAAUUACACAGAAAAAUGUUCAGAUUGUGCAAAACUGCGGGAAAACACCGCUAAUUUUGACAAAGAAUGCACUUGCUCUAUUCCCUUCUACCUCCCAGAGGCAAUGAAGGGUGAUGUUUAUAUGUUCUACAAACUGUACGGCUUCUAUCAGAACCUCUAUCAAUAUGUUCUAUCCAGGAGUAAUAGCCAACUGAUGGGUAUAGAUAUAAAGGAUGUUAGUAACUGUGCUCCUUUCAAAAACUCCCACAACGGGAUCCCCAUCGCUCCUUGUGGUGCUAUUGCCAACAGCAUAUUCAAUGACACCAUUGUUCUUUCAUACAACCUUAAUUCAUCCAUGAGUAUCAAAGUCCCAAUGCUAAGGAGUGGAAUUUCAUGGUGGACAGACAAGUAUGUCAAGUUUUGGAAUCCAGGUUCCCAAAAUCUUUCUAGUGCGUUUGCAGGAACUGCAAAGCCCCCAUCCUGGCCCAAGCCCGUCUAUGAACUGGAUGAAGAGGAUCCAGAAAACAAUGGCUUCAUCAAUGAGGACUUCAUCGUGUGGAUGCGGACGGCCGCCUUUCCCACUUUCAAAAAGCUUUACCGCCGACUCAGUCGAAUACAACAUUUUACUGAAGGCUUGCCGGCUGGUAGCUAUAGUUUCGGAAUCACCUACAAUUUUCCAGUAACCAAGUUUCAAGGAGAAAAAUCAGUUGUUCUUUCCACCCUGACAUGGAGUGGAGGCAGUAGCCUCUUCUUAGGUCUCGCCUACACAGUGACAGGAGCCCUGACGUGGCUGGCCUUCUUUGCCAUGAUGGCAAUUCACUUGAGGCUGAAAGAAAGGAAAACGUUAUUUCACCAGGAGUAAAGUCAAGCUUUAAAAAGAAAAGCAGAAAACACAGAAAUGGACGGUGAAGUAAUGGAGCCAAAGAUCCCUGACAAGGUUCAACAUGACUGGGAUAUUUCAUCAAAGGAACUGAAUUAACUGAUCAAGUACAUUCCCAGAUGAAUAAAUAAUGAGAGUUUCAGAGUGAAGAAGAAGAAAAGAAGAGGAGGAGGAGGCCUAAUUAGGUAUAGUAAAAUGUCCUGAGAAUGGGGAAGAUAAAUCAUCCUUGAGCUCUAAACCAAGUCUUGGGUAUUUAUUUGAAGCCCUUGUGCCUGAAGGUAGGUGAAUACCUAGAAGAGUGGCAUCACCAGACAAGAGUAAGUAAUUCUGGGGUCCCCAGGAUUAAGUGACUCCUUUUAACCAUCAGUCAGGCUCAGACAAUGAGUCUUCGUGGGCUGGUUGAAAUGAUAGACUUCCCAACAGCAAUUGUUAGCGUUGAAUUGAGUGAUAAGGGUGGUUUUUGAAAACUGAUUUAUUAAAUGUUUUCUCCUUUCUGUUGAGUCAAAAUGAAGUCUUUUCUGCAAAGAGUAAACCAAGGUUAUAGCAGUGCCUCAGCACCCAAAAUACAUAAGUACGCCAAAAGAAAGUGCAGGGAUUUCCCUAAAAUUCCCAUGUAGCCAAGAGGGAAGCAUGGAAAGUGACUGAAUCUCUCAAAAACCACUCAACGUUUGAGGGCCCAACACAAUUCUAAAACUUAUAUUGGGAUGACAUAUUCUAGAAUGCAGAUAAUGACAUGGAUUUGUGGCAUUUGAAUUAUAUGUGUUGAGGGAGCUUCUCAGGGUUCAUCUUAAAAGGUUUGAAUUCCUGCUAAAUGUCACUUACAGGAGACUGAACGAAGUACAGCUGACCCUUGAACAACGCAGGGGUUAGUGGCACAGACCCCUGUGCAGUCGAGAAUCCACCUGUAACUUUAUAGCUGGCCCUUAGUAUCUAUGGUUUUGC